UGCCCGUAGCUUACGGUGUGGGAACCAGUUUACGAUGAAACAUCCAACUUGACAAGGCUGGGGAUCUGUCAAGAUGAUUACACGGUGACACAUCACGAUGAUAAGGAUGGAGGAUAACCCUUCUCCUGAGGAGAUCAGAAAGAGAAGGCUGGCCUACUUUGAACUGAACAACUCCAGCCACGCAGCAAGUACAGCUUUUGAAAAGGAAACGGGCCUACACACCUUAAAUGUUAAAGAAAAGUCUAGCAAUUUGGAGGGAAAGCUCAUCCAGCACGACUCGGAGGGAGGGCUCACACAGAGUCAGCAACUUGCUGAGGAUAAUUUUGAACAGAAAACUACAAAGAAUCCAAUUUCGAAUCCUGCAUAUCAAAAUCAUUUAAGUGUCACAGACAAGAAAGAAGCAAGUUCUAUUCCGGAGAGAUGGUUAACAAGGAAGAUUUCAAAUGAGGCAUCACCAACUGAGGUGAUCACAACAAGAGCAGAAGUCAGGGAAUCCACAGACAGAGAAGAGGGAGAGAAGGCAAAGAGAGAUAGUUUUUCCUUGUUAAGAGAGGAACUGAGAGUUAAGGCCCAGUGUGGGGAUGAGGAGGGAUAUAACAGUGCAGUAGAACGACUGAUAAAUCUGGCCAAACAGGAGAUCGCAGAGAGUGAGAAUCAGAAACACUCCGGCCAGAAUUCUGCGAAGGCCAGGUACUCAGAGCACUCCCCACGAUAUCUCCACCACGGAGAAACCACUCUCCAGAAAAAAUCAGCGUCAAGUUCACAGGUAUCUCCAAAAAUUGAUUAUGUUUCAUCAAAGAAAGAAAAUCUUUCUCCCAUUGCAGUGGAAUAUGAAGACUUUUUCAGUAAAUCUUCAAAGCUUAAGAAAUCUGGAAAGGGCCCUGAGGUGAAGGAGUCUACAGAGGAAACUGAGCAUCGUAAGUUGUUCCAGAAAUCUCUUGGAAAUGUGGACGACUUAGGUCUCUCUACCCACAGGCCAGAGGAAAAGCCAUCCAAGUCAAUAGAGAACUUUAUCCCAGGAGAGAUGAGACAGGUAUUAGGGGAGGAGAAAUACAACGAAUUCCUGAAAAAAUCCACACAAGACAUUGGUAAUUUGAGCAGUGAUAGGAGCUCAUCUCGGGAGGAGAAAGUACAGAAACCAGAAGAGCCAAAGGUUCCAGAGAAGCCAAGAAAUCUAAAGAGUGAAGCAGGACUGAAACUAAGUAUUGAAAUGGAGAAACCCAAACUGAACCGACCUCGAUUUGAACCCUCUAAUAUUUACAGCCAGGAAAAUGAGGAUGAAGCAGAAAACCUCAGUUUACCCCCAUCCUAUCGUAAUGGAUAUGAAUCAAUCCACAGAAAUGUCGUCUUCUCCUCUGAUGAAAUUUAUCACCAGGCCUACCUAGGACAAAGUCCCCCAGUCAACAGAAGUUACCAUGGUAACCCUGCCCACCUCUCCAGAGAUUACACACAUGGACAGACAACAUCAGCUCCAAGAAGUGGAGGACAUGGCUACCCUGUACCAAUGAUCUCUCCCUCCCAGACUGAUCAGCCUCCCCCAUUCCCUCCCUCACAGGUUCCCCCACAUCAUUACAGGACACCCUACCCUCCUCCAGAGGAAAUAAUGUACACAGCCAGGAGUCAACAGUCAGAAUUCUACAGACAGAUGUAUUCAGGGGUAACCCCAAGGCCUGCUUCAGCAGACAAACCUGAUGUUGCUGAUCCAUCCAUGUAUAAACCUUGGCCCCCAGAAGUACCUCCACAGCAGUUCUAUGACAGUUUCGUGCCACACAAUGUCCCCAGGACCCAAGACAACAGAUACAUGGCCCCUCACAUGUCUCACCCUCUGGAGGGCAAUCACUUCCCUUAUCCGGUCUCCCAUAUGCCUGACAAUUAUUACCCAGUACCCCCUGCUCCACCAGACAGUCGCUAUGUCCCUCAGGUUCCGCCCUCACCUGAUGGUCGGUACAUGCCGUUCCAGGUCCCCAGACCCCCCAGCGUACCUUUUGUCCACAGCUCAGGUGAUGCAGGUAAGCACUAUCAAAGGAGGCAUGAAAUGAUGCAUCAUGGUCCCCCAGCAUACCCCACACAAUCUCCAGCCGUACCAGGACCUGAAGGAGAGGGGGCUUUUCCACCUUAUCCACCUCAAGGUCAUGGUGGAAUACCUUAUCCUCCACCUCCAGUGAAUGUGGAUUUGGCGUCAUACUUCAGUUUUCUGGCAUCUCGGGGAUUCCCUGUGCCAUACCCAGUACCUGUACCUGGAGUAGAGAAGAAACAGCCCAACACAGACCACGAGAACAAAGAAUCUCAGGAAAAAGAAAAUGGAGAUGAAGAGGUCCUGGACAUGAUGAUCCCACAUCCUCCUCUUCAGAGAAAAGACUCCUCAGAAAAGACCAUCCACAGGAAAUCCUCACCGAGGAAGAUUGUAACUCAGGAGGAGGUCAGAAAAAGUGAGGGGCUGCCAGGGAAGAAGAAGAGCUCGCAGAAAAAUGACGGUAAUAAGAAACAGGAGGGGAAGUCCAUGGGUCAGAGACAGGAGGGGAAAUCUGUGAGUCAGAAACAUGAGGGAAAAUCCAGUACGCAUCAACACGAGGGAAAAUCCAUCACCCAGAAACAGCAGAGUUCCUCGCAGAGACACGUAGAGGAGAUCAGACAGUUCCAUGAACAAAGGCGACAACAGGAGGCAGAAGAAGAUGCCUUGUUAGAGAAGCAGAGAAAGUUUGCCAAGUCUUCUAUUGACCGAUACUUUUCCUCUCUGGAGAAGCUGUACUACAGAGACAGACAUGAAGAAAGCCGAGAGGAAGUGGAGCUAGAGGAAAUUCCGGAGAACUCUCCACGGCAACAAGAGUCAGAGGUCAACACAGAGGUCAACUCAGAGGUCAACACCCAGGUCAGCAGAGCCACCAGUGUCAAAGCUGAGGGAAUCACGGAGAGAAUGAAUAAGCUUGGACUAGAUCUGUCAUUUCUGAGAGAAACACAGAAAAGGCCCGAGGAGUCCCAAGUAGAGGGGAAGACGGUGUUAGUGUGUGAGGAUUGUGGGGAAGUGAACAAGGCCUACAUGAGCUGGUGCGGGGACUGCGGGGAAUCUCUGGCAGGGGUGGAGGUCACGGUCAUAAAAAAGUCCAAACCCUCCAGGGUGGUUAAAAAAGAGAGAAAGUCAGCGAAAAAGAGAGUCCCCAUGGUACCUAGUGAUAGCUCUAGUAAUAAAUCAAGUCGGAAUGACCAACAUGGGGUGGUGAAGAAAGAGAGCCAGGACAGUGGACUACCCUCCAGUGAGGAGCCAGAGAACACACAGGCAGGGAGAGAAAUAGAGGAGAUCUUUGAACAUGUGACUGACCCAGUGAUGAAGGGAUUUAUAAAUAAUUACUUCAGGAAAAAACAUACAGAGCUUUUACAGAACCCUGACAUAUCAGACCAAGUGGAGAAUCUCUUCAGGAGGAAUGAUCAUAAGGAGGAAAAACUGUCUCCCAGUGAGGGUGAGGCAGACAAUGAUGUACAGGUAUUGGAUGGAGACACUGUACCUAAUAAUCAUCAUUCCAGUCAUGACUUUGAUUUGAAUGGUGAAGAUCUGUCAAAAUAUGUGCACGAUGAAGAGGUCUGGUUCCAUGAGAGAGAAAAACCAAAAGAGAAACCUCUCAAACAUAAAAGGUCUGCCCCUAUAGAUGUAGAAGUGUUCAGUGUACAGGAGAGCCGGCAACAAAGAGACACUAGUCGGAGUCAGGAAAAAAUCGUCCCAAGUCUAGAUCUGUGUCUGACCAGUGACGAGGACAAACCAAGGGCCGCUCUGGACAUUUCUACAGACAGCGAAGAGUGGCAGGAUUUCUUCCUACCAAAACCGAAGGAAGUGGAGAUCAAAGUGGAAAUACCAAAGGAACCCGAGGAGACCAGACCAUUCCUGGAGCAGGUGAUAGGGGACAUGAGAUCCUCAUCACCCACAAAGUCCAAGUCUAAAAACACCAGACCAGAGAGUAGGGGGAAGAUGGUGAAGAGCAUUGUCAGGGAGUCUAUAGAAGCCCCUGGAUACGAAAGGAAGUGGCAGAGAUCUAGUAUUGCCUGGUCAUCUUACCACCCCAGGGAACUGAGUACAAAGUCCAGCCUUCCCCCUCAGAGGCCUGGGAGUGCAGGGGCAGCCAGGAGAGGGGUCAGGGGUCAAACCCCGGGUAGUACUGAGAACCUGGCAGGCAGGCCAAGGAGUGGGGCACCACAGAAGAGACCAGCCCUGAAGUCCAGGCCACUCAGCGCAGACCCCAAAGUCAGGAGUACCAAACAAGAUUCCCGGGACAUUUCCAGUCUGGAUUCACCUGUAGACUUACCUGUGGAUUUACCUGUGGACUUACCUGUAGACUUACCUGUGGACUUACCUGUGGAAUCACCUGAUGAGCCACCACCUGUAGAGGAGGACAGUCCUUCAUCAACAGAACAGGUACAGGAGGAGAGGACACAGAGUGCGUCGUCAGAGGAGGGACAGAAACCCCCGGGGAUCCGAGUUCUGGAUGUCACCUACCCCAAGGUCACUCAGGACAGUCCCUCCUCAGACCUCCCCGGACUCGUGGAUCACCGGCUGACAGAACCCGAGACUGUAACCCCAGCAGCUGAUCCUGCCAGUGUGUUGAAUGCCCUUCAUAAGUAUAAAGAAAUGACCCCACGUAUCCGGGACGGUCAGUUUUCGGUUUGGUUGUGCCUCCCUGACGAGCUGCUGUUGAAUGUUCUCUCCUACCUCCCUCACUCUGAUCUGAUCAAGUGUGCUCGCACAUGUCGACAUUUCUACCGAGUCUGCAUGGACAACACACUUUGGCGCUAUAUCACCAUUAAAAAGAAUCAUAACUUAACUGAUGAGUCUUUGGAACAAAUCGGUAGACAUCGUCCUGUCAGCCUCGCUUUGAUUCAGUGUCACGGUGACUACAUCACGGCUAAAGGUCUCCGUAACCUCUUCAGGGCCUGUGCCAGCUCUCUCAAGGAGCUGAACUGUUUUGGCUGUAGCCGGGGGGCCCUGACGGGGGACUGUAUCCUCCUCCAUGCCGCCUCCCACUGUAAGGGACUGACCCACAUUGAUGCCAGUUGGUGUAACGCCUCAGACAGCGGUAUAGGGGCCCUCGCCAACUCAUCCAACAGGUUGGAGAGUCUUUGUAUCAGUGGAUGUCAGAUGAUCACAAACGAUGGACUGAUAACAGUCAUCAAGAAACACGGAAAAUGGCUCCGAGUCCUUGAGAUGUUUGGAUGUUUCAACAUUAAAGCAAAAGGAAUCGAUUAUCUGGCAGCCAACUGUAUCAACUUAAAGACUCUGAAUCUGGGACAGUGUUACAAGUUGACAGAUUCAGCCAUUUCACAUCUUUCUACCAGUCUCAGUAAAGUAGAGACCCUGGAUUUACGGGGCUGUAAACAGAUAAAAGACAACUGCAUAAGAUAUAUAGUGAAGUACUGCAGUCGCCUUCAAACUAUAAUCCUAGCCAACUGUCCAAAUAUCACAGACAUCUCACUGCUGGAGAUAGCCACAUAUCUAAAGGAUAUCAGGAAUAUAGAUGUGUGUGGCUGUCGACAUGUGACUGAUGGAGGAGUGCGAGCCCUCGCUAAUAACUGUACUAACCUACGGAGUAUUGAUAUCAGCUCUACAGGCUGUACUCACAGAAGUGUUCAGAUGAUGGCCAAUUUUUGCAGCCCAAGGUUGGAGUCGGUCAAGUUAAACUUUCUGUCUGAUGUCACGGAGCAUUCAGUUAUUAAACUGAUAAAACACUGCAAAAGAUUAAAACUGCUUCACUUAUAUGGCUGCACAAGUAUCAGAUCUCUAGCAAAGAUUAGAGAUGCUAAUUCAAAUCUCAAAGUCGAAAUGUAAAAACACAAUGACUGGAGGAAGAUGAAAUUUCCCUCAAGUAUUUUUUUCAUUAUCUCUUACUGGGAAAUGGAUGUAGAAAGAGGUAGCAUUUGAAUUAUCUAGUCAGAUAAACUAAGGAUAGAGGGUACUGAUAAAUACAACAGUACUCAGAACUGCAAAAUGUAGAUCAGUGAAUUUUUAUUUAAAAUUGAAAGGCAUAAUUUAAUUGAUUCAUUUAUUAUAGCAGAUGUGUUUAUAAAACAUAGA